AUGUCCAUUCCGCCCGGCAGCAGCACACAAACUGGGAUGAGUAAACCUCCGACACGUGGAAACACCAUAAAAGUGAAGCCUGAAGCUCCAGCCAUGGAUAAAGUGGCCGCAGCAAAACCAAAAGACGACAGAACGGAACCCAAAGAUUUGAGAAGUAAUCCUCCGACCAAAGUCAAGCUGCCGUCCAUGUCUCGCUCUCCGGCCGUCAGAGACAAACCCAGCUCCAAACUCUCCCCAAAGACUAACGGGGAAACGCCACCGGCUUCUCCAAAACAAGUGGAAGACAAAGACAAGGACCAGUUUGAUGCUGUUGAUAUAGCGACGGAGAAGUUGAGCCAUCCGACAGCAAACAGAGCCAAGCCACCGCAGAGGAGGCCCCCCACGAACCCUGGCCCCGGAGUCCAGGAGACUGAGAGCGAUAAGACUGAAGCAGGAUCCACUCCGACAAAGCCAUCGGAACUCAAAAAGCCAACAGAAAGCACUCUGGCUUCCCCUGCCAAACCCGACCAGCCUUCCAGAAGCCCUCCUCCGGCACGUCCCGCUCCUCCCAAAGUCCUGCUGGAGGGAAAAGCAUCGUGUGCGAAAGACAAGCCCAGUGUGGAGAGUCUGCAGGUGGAGGUGCAGGAGCUGAGGGCGGCGCUGGAGCUGCUGCAGACGCAAUACAAAGCCAUCUAG